CCCACACUCAGUAGACCUAGCUCACAUUGCCUGUGAAACUGAAGUCCAAAUCAUCCAGGAAAAUGCUGAGAAUCAUCUCCCUCGCCUGUAUCGUUGCCUCUGUCCUCGGUGACUGGUAUCCAAAGUCAUAUGACUACUACCCUAAACAAUACGGAUACGGCAAUGAUGACUACUACCCUAAAGGCUACGGAAACGUCCCCUAUAGUCCCUAUGGUCCCUAUGGUCCUUAUGGUCCUUCUGGUAACGUGGGAGGAUUGAGCACUGGAGGUUUGAACACUGGAAUUCUCGGCUCUGGAGGUUUGAACACUGGGAUCCUUGGUGUUGGAGGUGGAUCAGCUGCUGCUGCCGCCGCCGCAGGAAAUGCUGCUGCUGCUGCCGCCGCCGCAGGAAAUGCUGCUGCUGCUGCCGCUGCUGCUAAUGGAAACGGAGCUGCUGCUGCAGCUUCUGCCGCUGGUGGAAACUUCGGCAUUUCUCCAUACAGCUCCUACUUCCCUGGGAACUACCCAAUCUACUACCCACAAUACUACCCACAAUACCCCCGCAUUAACCCCUACUUAGGCUUCCCACGGUUUGGUCUCGGAGGUGGGUCUGCUGCCGCUAGCGCCGCUGCUGCUGGAAAUGGUGCCGCUGCUGCUGCCGCCGCCGCCGCUGGACAGAAUGCUGCCGCCGCCGCCGCUGCUGCUGCUGGUAAUAGAAACGCUGCCGCCGCUGCCUCCGCUGCAGGUGGAUUUCGUGGAUUCAACAAUGGCAUCAUCUUCGGAGGAUCUCGACCUAUCUUUGGCGGAAGAGUUCGCAAGGUGAGUUACAUUUCUUGAAUUUCAUUUUGUUUGUUAUCAAUUGAACAUACUUAUUCUAACCUAGACAAUUUAAUUCACAUAGUGUUAUGUAUCGAUAUGGUAUCUAUUUCGGCACUUGUGUUAAAUUUUUGACACCUUUUAUAUCAAACCUACAUAAUCGACUAUUACUUUUUGUAGUUUUGAAUGUACUGUAGUAUUUUUCAAAUAUGUGUAUUUCUAUUACUUUCAGACCUAUUAAUCGGAUUUGUCAUGCUGAGCAUUGUCCCAUGGUUUGGAUUGUUAAUUCAUUUGCAAAAUAAAAGUUGAAUUCAU